UUCGGCGGCGGAGUUGCUCUUGGUCAAGGUCAAGGUCGUGAGGAGCGUGCACCGAUAAUUCACUAUGCGAGCAGACAAAACAUGCUUAUCGCUGUCAGAGAGAUCGAGGCCCUGCUCGGAGAAGACGCGGUGAGCUAUGACGAAGACGACAUCGAGAACCAUGGAUUCUCAGACUGGUCUAGUAUCAACUCAACGUCGCGAGCCGUAGCCGUGGUGUAUCCUAGAAGCACUGACGACGUGGUGAAAGCGACAGAAAUCUGUCAUAAGCUCCGCGUCCCUAUAGUCCCAUAUGGGGCCGGGUCCUCUGUAGAAGGAAACUUCUCUUCACCCUACAGUGGCAUAGUCGUCGACGUGACACACAUGGACAACAUUCUCAGCUUCCAUCCACAAGACAUGGAUGUCGUGGUGCAGCCUGGAGUGAAUUGGGUGGACCUAAACAAGGAAAUAGAGAAGGAGAAGCUUUUCCUCCCUCUGGACCCCUCCCCUACAGCAACAGUCGGGGGCAUGGUGUCUACAAACUGCAGCGGUACAAAUGCGUUUCGAUACGGAACCAUGAAAGACUGGGUAACCAACGUCACGGUGGUCCUCGCUGAUGGCCGAGUUAUCAAAACUAGGCAGAGGCCACGGAAAACGUCUGCUGGCUACAAUUUGACUUCCCUCUUUGUCGGUGCAGAGGGAACGCUAGGUAUUAUUACUGAGAUAACCCUUAAACUCGCUGUGGUUCCCAACGAGACGAGCGUCGCCGUCGUCACGUUCCCCACCAUAUUCUCGGCAGCAUCGGCAGCCUCCACGAUCAUUCGUUCCGGCAUCCAACUUGCAGCCAUGGAGCUUAUGGACGAGGUUCAAAUGCGUAUGGUCAACCGCCACGGAAGCGAGCAAGUUCGAAAGAUGAACUGGGAUGAGGCACCUUCCCUCUUUCUCAAAUUCUCGAGCCACUCCAAAGAGGGCAUCCAGUCUGACAUUCGCCGCGUGAAAGAGUUGAUUGAACAAGACGACAACACAAAGUUUGUUUUCGCCAAGACAAAAGAUGAGGAGGCUAAGCUUUGGGCGGCGAGGAAAGAAGCUCUCUGGACUAUGACCUCGAUCAAGCCCGAAGGCCACGCCAUCUGGUCUACAGACGUCGCUGUCCCGAUCUCCCGACUUGCCGAGAUCAUCGAAGUGUCCAAGAAAGAUGGAGAGAAACUUGGGGUUUUCACCAGCAUAGUUGGCCACGUUGGCGAUGGCAACUUCCACGAAGCGUUGAUGUAUGAUCCAAAAGACCCCGCACAAAGUGCCGCUGUAAAACAUGCGGUCCAAAUGAUGAUAGCUCGUGCUUUGGAAAUGGAAGGUACGGUUUCUGGCGAGCACGCUAUCGGAAUGGGGAAAAAGGUGAGGUUUUUCUGUCUCGUUCCCAAUCCAUGUCUUCUCUUGAACUAA